GGAAGAGGACGGAGAGGAACCGCCGCCGCCGCCGCCGCCGCCGCCAGCCGCGCUCCGGGCGCGCCAUGCUCGCCUCCCGCUGCCGCCUGAGCAGGGCUCUGGCCCCGCGGGUGCGCGCGCCCCAGGUGUGCUCAUCUUUUGCUACAGGGCCCAGACAACAGGAUGGAACGCUGUAUGAAUUUCGUACCUAUUGUCUUAAGCCCUCAAAAAUGAAUGAGUUCCUGGAAAAUUUUAAGAAAAAUGUUCAUCUUCGGACAGCUCACUCUGAAUUGGUUGGAUUCUGGCUUGUAGAAUUUGGAGGCACAAUGAACAGAGUGUUUCAUAUUUGGAAGUAUGAUAAUUUUGCUCAUCGAACUGCAGUCCGAAAAGCGUUAGCCAAAGAUAAAGAAUGGCAAGAACAGUUCCUUAUUCCAAAUUUGGCUCACAUUGAUAAACAAGAGAGUGAGAUUACUUACCUGGUCCCAUGGUGCAAGAUAGAAAGGCCUGCAAAGGAAGGAGUCUAUGAGCUGGCCACGUUUCAGAUGAAACCUGGUGGUCCAGCUCUGUGGGGCGAUGCAUUUAAAAGGGCAGUUCAUGCCCAUGUCGAUCAAGGCUACACAAAACUGGUUGGUGUUUUCCACACAGAAUAUGGAGCACUCAACAGAGUCCAUGCUCUUUGGUGGAAUGAGACUGCUGACAGUCGUGCAGCUGGGCGACACCGGUCUCAUGAGGAUCCCAGAGUUGUGGCGGCUGUUCGGGAAAGUGUCAACUAUCUAGAGUCGCAGCAGAAUACGCUCCUGAUUCCAACAUCAUUUUCACCAUUGAAGUAGUUGGUGCUGAAAAUACUAAGACU